GGGCAGGGAACAGGAGCUUGUACGCAUUCGGGCCGUGAAGUGUUGGUUUCGUGAAGGGGGUCAACUUCUGUGGCUACGUAAUUUUUCCUGUGUUAUUACUUUCAACGAUAUAAUGUAAAUUCGAUUUUAAUGUCAUGCACGUGUCAGUGUCUUAAGAUUAUUUAUAUGGAGAUCGUGGAGCGCUAGAAGAUGCUGGGAGACGAUCCACCGUACCUAUCAGUGGGUACGGAGGUUAGUGCUAAAUAUAAGGGUGCCUUCUGUGAAGCAAAAAUUCGGAAAGUAGUAAGAUCAGUAAAAUGCAGAGUGACUUAUAAACAAGGCUUGGGUACAGCAACUGUAGCUGAUGAUCAGAUAAAAGGAACUUUAAGAGUAGGUGCAUCUGUUGAAGCAAGACAUGGAGAUAGAAAAGAAUUUGUAGAAGCUACUGUCACAAAAAUCCAAGAUUGCAGUCAAUAUACUGUAGUUUUUGAUGAUGGAGAUAUUACAACAUUAAGAAGAACUGCACUUUGUUUGAAGAGUGGACGACAUUUUGCAGAGAGUGAAACUUUGGACCAACUUCCUUUAACACAUCCAGAACAUUUUGGAAAUCCAGUAAUUGGAGGCAGAAGAGGACGGCGGUCUAGACAAGCACAAGAUGAAAGUAGUGAUGAUGAAGAUAGUCCUCCACGAGGAAUACGUGAUUCAGGUUCUAGUGGAACAGGAAAAGAAGGAAUGGAGACAGAACCUGAAAUUGGACGAGUUGUAUGUGUUGAGCUUGGAGAUAAAAAGAAAAAAGAUAAUUGGUUCCCUGGACUGGUGGUUGCACCAACUGCUCAAGAUACAGUGAGAAUUCGAGUGAGAGAUGACUAUCUUGUGCGCUCAUUUAAAGAUGCACGAUAUUAUACAGUUCCAAAGAAAGAGGCCACUGAAUUUACAAAAGAACUUGUCAACAAAGUUGAGAAUAGCACAUUGAAGGUUGCAGUAGAAAAGGCAUUGCUAUUUUUAGAAAAGAAUGAGUUACCUCCCCAUUGGGAUAGAGAUUCUCUUUUUGGACACUCUGUAUCAAGUGGAAACAGUGACUCUGAUGGAGAACUUGAUUCGGAUAGUUCUGAUGAUGAACCGCGUGAAGAAAAAGAUCAUUUUGUGGCACAACUAUAUAAAUUUAUGGACGAUCGCGGUACACCUAUUAACAAUUGUCCAAUGAUUGGAACUGAGGACAUAGAUUUAUAUAGGUUAUUUCGAGCCGUCUAUAAAUUAGGUGGUUAUAAUCGUGUAACAAAUCAAAAUCAAUGGAAAUUGAUAACACGACGUUUGAGCUUUACAAUGCAGAAUUCGCCGUCUACGCACACUUUGGUUAAGCAGGCCUAUAAAAAAUUCUUACACUCCUUUGAAGAUUUUUAUAGAAAAUUAGGUUGUACUAUGGUAAAUCAUCCAAGGGGUACUAUUCGUAAACAACGUCCUGGUAGAAGUCUCAUUAGAGAUAAAGAUAGAAAUACACCUGUACCACCGCAAGUAUCAGUCGCUAAAAAUGAAAAGGAAGAAGAAGAUAAAAAAACUACAGAAGAUGAAAAGAAGGAAAAGAAAGAAGUUAAGAAAGAACAAGUGAAAGAAGAAGAAAUUGUAAAAAUCAAGAAAAAGGAUGAAUUUGAAGAAAGCGGCAGUGGUCAAGAAAGUGACGUGAAUGUAGAGGGUGAAGCUGAAUCUUCAUCUAGCAGUGAGAAGUCUCAAAAAAUUUCAACAUCAUUAUCAUUACCAAACAGAGGUAAAUCUAAAAGUAAAGAAGAUCCGAAGAAAAAAGUAAUAGAAAAAAAGAAAAAUGAACCUAAGAAACAAGAAAAAAAAGAUGAUAAAGCAAAGGAGGAAGAGGCAGCCAAAACAAGAUCUAAAUCUAAGGAUGAUAAUGUAAAAAUUAAAAUGUCUUCUGAAAACAGGGAAACGCGAACUCCAUCUAGAGAAUCGGAAAGAAAAACUUUAUCCAAACAAAGACGUUUAACAGAUGAAGAUUUAAAGAAACGGGGGAGGAAACGGAAAGAAUAUGAAGCAGAAAAAUCACGUCCAGAUGAACAGUUAGCAGAUUCGGCUCCUUGUUACAAAGGACCCGUAGAAUUAGGAGAUAGACUGAAAGUGUAUUAUGGACCUACUCAUGAGUCUAAAGUCACUUAUGAAGCAAAGGUUAUUGACAUGGAAAAGGACGGUACGGAACCGAUGUAUUUGGUGCACUAUACUGGGUGGAAUACGAGAUAUGAUGAAUGGAUUAAGGCAUCAAGAAUAGCACAGAAUUUUACACAAGCUCAAGGUAGGGUAAAACGAAUUAAAGCUACUUCACGACCUCAAACUCCCAGUACGAAUUUAUCUAAUAACAACAUAAAUAAAUCUUCUAAAAUUGUUUCUAAUCCGAGUUCAAGUGCAUCUCAGAGUCGUCGUCGAGCUCAAAGUGUGGCACCUACGACAUCAGUUUCAUCUACAUCAACAAAAGAGGUUAAGAAGGAAGAGAAGGAAAAGGAUAAAGAAGUGUCCCAACCAGCUAGAUCUACGACUCCAUUGUCUGUUACAAGUUCUAGCUCUCGAACUAAAAGUCCAGCAACACCAGCGAAUAAUCGUCAAACACGAACAAGAAAUAAUGAUGCUUCCAGUAUAGAACAUCGAAGGCGUACCAGAAGAACGUCUGGGCAUGCGGAUGUAGUUCCAUCAGAAACUGAAGAAAGUGAAGCUUAUGAUUCUGACACUACAGAAUCUGAACAAGCGAGGUCAAAAUCUAAGACUGCAGAGGAACGAAAACGUAGAGAAGCGAGAUAUAGAACGGAAGAUAGAAUAAAGCCUGAUGAAACCAGUGAGGGUGAAGAAGAUAAAGAUAACUUGGAGGAACCACGUAGAGGUAGACGUUUAAGAAGGACAAUUAGUAAAUCCCAAGGUAUAAAAUCUGAACCAGAUAGUGACGAAGAACAACCUAAAGGACGAGAUUUCGAUUUGAAUCAAAUACGAUCUGAAUUAAAAGGUUUUGAUAAAGCGGUGAAAUUAGAACUUGUUAGAGUCGAACCUGAUCCAGAAGAUGAAAUAAAAAUAGAGGAAAAAGAAAAUGUUGUUCUAGUUUCACCAAAAUUGGAAAAAAUUUUGGAAUCAUCGAAAUUAGAAACAACACCUGAGAUUAAAACAAUAGACAACACGGAAGAUAUAUAUGAAUUUAAAGAACCAGAGCCAUUUGAAUUUGAAGUACGAAAUAAACGGGAUACCAGUGGAGAAAAAGACAAAAUAAAAAAGAGAGUAUUUGAGGAUGAGCCAAAAAGUCCUAAAAAGAAACAAAAAAUGGUCCUGUCACCGGUUAUAAAAGAAGCUAAACCAGAAAUAGACAAUGAUUCACGAAAAAAAGUAAAAAAAUUAUUUAGUAAAAGGGUUGAUGAUCUUUCGGAAAGUUUACCUCUUCACAAAUCAUUGCAAUCUACAUCACUAGCAACAUGUGAAGAAGCAUUUGAUAAACUUUGCGAGUCACCACCAUUUAAUCAAGUGAAACCUGUGCCCAUUAUUGAAGAAACUGGUAAGAUAAGCAAUGGUAUAGAUCUUUUAUUUAGUGAUCUACCUGGAGAUGAUGAUGGUACUCAUGAUGAUUCAGAAGACCGUUUAAUAAUAUCAGAGGCAGAAAUUUCAGAAACAGAACAAGAAAACUUAUUUGCAUAUCAACAAGAAAUAUUUCCCUCUAAUGAUAUAAAUGAUUCAGUGGAAUCAAAUAAAGAGGAUACAAGUUUGCAAGUUGAAUUAGUAAGGGAAGAUUUAACACCAACAGUUUCAAAUAAACCUGACAUACCUGUUGAACAAAAGCAAAGUGUUAAAUCUCCAUUACAUAGACAAUCUCCAGAAUUAAAAGUAUUGGAUACAAAACUAUUGGACAUUACACCCAUUUCAUCUCCAAUUGUGACAGUUCCAGCACCAAUUAGUGCAAGACUGCCAGCCACAUCUACUAUAGAGGAAAAACUUUCAGCUGCAAUGGCUUUCCGUAAUAAAACUAAAGAUGUUAAGAAAGACGAUGAAAUUCCCGAAGUUGUAUGGAAACCCUCAAAAGAAAUUCCUAAGAAAUUAGAUACUAUAACUGUACAAAAAAAUAAAGAAGAUCAACAUGGGCCUAAAAUAGAAAUCGAGAUCAAAAAACGAGAAGAGGAAGAAGUUGUGAUAAAUAAUGAAGUUCAAUGUAAUGAAAUAAUGCGUGUGGUUAUCAAACAAAAAGAGGAAGAACUUCAACAACUUAAAUUAAAGAAAGAAGUAGAAAUAAAAAAAUUCGUUGAAACAAAAGUAGAACAUAAAAAAAUACAAGAAAGUGAAGAAGAAAAAUGGGAGCAUGUAGAGAAUGAGAAAUCCAAAAAAAUGGAAGAUGAAUUUAAAGAGCAUGAUCUCAAAGAAAAAGAGAAGGAAAAACGUAAAAAAAUAAUCAAUCAAGAUAUUGUAGAUUCUGCAGAUAGUAGUGAUUCUGAACAGAGGUUAGUAAUUGAUAAUGAGGAAUCACAAGAUGUAAAAACUCCAUCAAAUUUUGAUGUUAAAUUAAGAGCAGAGUUGGAUAGGCUUCAAGAUACUCAAGAAAGAUAUUCAAAAUUACAAACACAAAAGCUUGUACAACCAUUAAAACAUCAACCACAAGAAUGUCUUACUGAAUUUAAAACUGACAGUACACCUGUCACGAAAACAGAUGAAGAAGGAGAAACAAUUAAUUCUUUACUAUGUGAAGAAGAAAUACCAGGUUCACCAGCACCUGUUACAGAAAGUAUAGAACAAAUAAAUGCUGGACCAUCCUGUUCUCCUCCAAAAAUUGAAACAACGGAAAAUAGUAUAGUACUAAUGGAAAUGCCUUUUGCAAGUGCACCUACUUCUGGUCAAAGUACAACAAGCAGUACUGUUGCUACUCUCAGCAUGGCACUGCCAAAAACUGUGGAAACAUCUGUUCCAGUUUCUUUACCUAUGCAACAAAAUCCUUCUCUAGGUGUGAGGCAACAAUCUCAUCAUCAACAUCUGCCAGCAUUAAUGCCUGCACAAAGGAGAGAAAGCAAUGAAGCAGCACCUGUAAUGGAUAAUACUCCUCCAACUACACCUGAUUCAAGUAUAUCCAAUAUUUCUGGAUCUCCAAGAGAAGAAAGAACAGGAGGUUCAUCGCCAAUUUCAGAGGAUAAUAUGAAACUUAAUCGCGAUAGUUCUGAAGCAGAUAAUGAUAGUGGUGGUAAAGGUCCAGGAUUCAGUGAAGAUGAUACAUUACCAAAUGUUGAAGGAAACUCAGCAGAUCGAAUGUUAAAACCACCAGCAAAGCGAUCUGUUGAAGAGACACAAUCUCCUAAAAAACGUAAAAGGAAUAGAAAACAUUCAGAAUGUGAUAAAAAUAUUACUAAGAAAACGGGAAGGCAUAGUGGUAGACAUGGUAGACAUGGUGCUGGAAGCGAUAGCGACGAUACAAGUGAAGGUUCCAAUCUCUGUGGAGUUAAUUCAACGUCAACAAAUCACUCAAAUAUCACUACUGUUCCCGAUCUUAGUAACUACUCAUCCAGAUCACCUCGACCUACAAAGUACAACUUCUAUGUGGAAUUAGAUCCUGAAUUGGAUGGCAGUCAAAGGAUAGCUGUAUUACAGCAAAAAUUAGCUGAAUUACGUAAAACGUAUAAUGCUGUGAAAGUUGAACUCGCCGCUAUUGAAAGACGCAGAAAAAAGUUGAGAAGAAGAGAACGGGAAGCUAUAAAGGCAGCUAAAGCAGAAAUGCAACAAGCUUGUUCGUGAUGAGCUGCCUUGAACUAUCCUAAUUCACUUAAUCUGCGCUAAAGGAAUUUUUAUACAACACUGGGAGAUAAUAGAAUAGUAUCACUAUAUGGAUACCCUGCAAUUGCAGCAGAUUUCAUGACAAUUUUUACCUACCUAACAUCGUUUAGGUAACUUUUCCCCCACUAAUAUAAAUUGUAGAUAUAGAUAUAAGAUUUAGUAUAAAGGAGGAACACUUACCAGAAUGAAAAUAUAUAUUCAUAUAUGCUUUGUGUUGUACAUUGUUUUGUC